UAGCGGCCACGGUCUCUUGUCUCUGAGCGAGAAUCUGGCACCAUGGCCUCCUGGUCACAGUGGCAGAAGGAACUGAAGCACCUUCAGGGUGAGGGAACUGGAGGGCCAAAGAACAAGGCCGCCCCUGCCCCAGGAGCGGCCCACGAGACUGGCCUUCAUGAUCCUGUUGCUUCGAGUAAGGUGUCUCCUUCGAGCAGCGGCGCCCUGCACAGCAGCACAGCAUGCUCCUCCUCUGCAGCUGAAGUCGCAGCCUCAGCAGCCAUUUCCUUCUCUGCAGGGGGCGGGUGGCAGAAGGAACUGAAGCACCUUCAGGGUGAGGGAACUGGAGGGCCAAAGAACAAGGCCGCCCCUGCCCCAGGAGCGGCCCACGAGACUGGCCUUCAUGAUCCUGUUGCUUCGAAGGACGCGGGGCUGCCCUCUAUGCAGGCCAAGAGGCGCUCUCACCGCCAGGGCAGCCGGAGCCCUGCGGGGCAGCCCCUGAAAGGCAGUGGCCAGGCCGGAGGGAAACCGGCCCAGACCCAGGGAGGGCACCCGGCCCAGACCCAGAGCCCCACAAGUAACCGUCGCAGAAAGCAGCCCAACCGCAAGCAGGCUGUCCAGGCUCAGAAGCCUUCAGAGCGCCGUCUAGUGCCUGGGGCACCCAGGUCUCAGUGUUCUGGGCCUGUGCUGCCAUCUUCUCCAGGGUCUCAGGCCCACAGCCGCCUCCGUCGCCGCCAUUUGCAGGUUAACAGGUGGAGUCACGCAUCCGGGGCAGGGCCUGCCCCCCGCAGUCAUGCGUGUGAGCCAGCCGCAGGCCCCCCGCCACGCCCAGCUCUCCGCAGCGAGUCUCCACCAGGCCCAGCUCUCCACAGCCGCGCGAUCCAGCCAGGCCCAGCUCUUCGCAGCCGCCAGUCUCCACCAGGCCCAGCUCUCCGCAGCCGCCAGCCUCCUCCAGGCCCACCUCUCCGUAGUCGUGCAACCCCGCCAGGCCCAGGUCUUCCGAGCCACGAGUCCCAGCCAGGCCCAGCUCUCCGCAGUGGUGCAUCUGGGCCAGGCCCUGCCCUCCGAAGCCGCACCACCCCAUCAGGCCGUGCUGGUCCAAGUCGCACCACCCCUUCAGGCCCUGGUAUCCCCAGUGGCACAGCAAGGUCAGGCCCUAUCCUGCGUAGGUGUGCCACCCAGCGAAGGUCAGCCUUUCCCAGCCGCCACUCUCUUGCUGGGCCCACUGAUGAGAAUCCUUCCCGUGGGCCCUAUUUGAGAAAGCUUGUCUUUGGGAGCAGCUCAAGCUCCCCAGAUCCUGAGGCCCCAAACCAUGCUCCCCAGCCUGUUUGGCAUGCAGUUCGUAUGCGUGCAUCCUCGCCCUCACCUCCUGGUAGGUUCUUUCCUUUCCCUCAGCAAAGUGGUGAGAGCUCCUCCUCCUCCUCCCCUCUGCCUUCCCCUCCCUCCUCCCCCAAGUCUUCUGGCCCAAGCCUCUCCUCCUCACCCAGUAGGGGUUCUGGUCAAAGUUCUUCUUCCUCUUCACCUAAAUUUUUUGGCCUGAGUUCUAUCCCUACUCCUAGCCCUGCUAGCCUUAGGCGUGCCCUGUUGCCUGAGCUUUAUGCCCAGAACCCUGCCUCUCCAGGAGAGCAGGAUGGAAUAGGGAGCAUGCUUAGCCCCUCCACACUGCCUAAGAUGUGACCCUCUGUGACAUCCUCUGAGACCCACAGAAGAAAUCAACAGCUUCCCACUGCUUGAAGGGGCUUCCCAUUCCACAGUUACUUGUGAGGUCUCCAAAAGUUAUUUGAGCCAACAACCUGACCAGUUUUGAAGCUGCCUCUCCCCUGUUAGCCCAUGUUUCCAG